CCCUCCCCGCUCCCUCCCCCCCUCCCCAAGAAUGUUCCGCUACGAGUCCUUAGAGGAUUGUCCCCUGGAUGAAGAUGAAGAUGCAUUUCAGGGCUUAGGAGAAGAAGAUGAAGAGAUUGAUCAAUUCAAUGAUGAUACAUUUGGGUCAGGUGCUGUUGAUGAUGAUUGGCAAGAAGCCCAUGAGCGCCUGGCUGAAUUGGAAGAGAAACUGCCAGUGGCAGUUAAUGAACAAACAGGCAAUGGAGAAAGGGAUGAAAUGGACUUGUUGGGUGACCAUGAGGAGAAUCUGGCAGAAAGGCUCAGUAAGAUGGUGAUUGAAAAUGAGCUAGAAGAUCCAGCAAUCAUGAGAGCAGUGCAGACCAGGCCAGUUCUGCAACCCCAACCAGGAAGUCUCAAUUCCAGCAUCUGGGAUGGAUCUGAAGUUCUGAGGCGAAUCCGAGGACCACUGCUUGCUCAGGAAAUGCCGACAGUGUCUGUAUUAGAAUAUGCCCUGCCUCAAAGGCCCCCACAGGGCCCAGAAGAUGAUCGAGACCUUUCUGAGCGUGCAUUACCACGGCGGUCAACUUCACCUAUCAUUGGGAGUCCUCCUGUUAGAGCCGUCCCCAUAGGCACCCCACCUAAGCAGAUGGCCGUACCCAGCUUCAACCAGCAGAUCCUGUGUCCCAAGCCUGUCCAUGUCCGGCCCCCGAUGCCACCGCGUUAUCCUGCUCCCUAUGGCGAGAGGAUGUCUCCAAACCAGCUCUGCAGUGUCCCGAACUCUUCCCUACUGGGUCACCCUUUCCCUCCUAGUGUUCCUCCCGUUCUCAGCCCCCUCCAGAGAGCACAGCUUCUUGGAGGAGCACAGCUACCGCCUGGACGGAUGUCUCCCAGCCAGUUUGCACGGGUCCCUGGAUUUGUUGGUAGUCCGCUAGCUGCCAUGAACCCCAAGUUGCUGCAAGGGCGAGUGGGGCAGGUGCUUCCCCCAGCACCCGGCUUCCGGGCCUUCUUCAGCGCUGCACCCCCCGCUGCUCCGCCGCCUCCACAGCAGCACUCCCCUGGCCCAGGGCCUCACCUGCAAAACCUAAGAUCUCAGGCCCCCAUGUUUAGACCAGACACAACUCACCUCCAUCCACAACACCGUCGGCUCUUGCAUCAGAGACAGCAACAGAACAGAAACCAGCAUCGGAGCCUCAAUGGUGCUGGAGAUAGAGGAAGUCACCGGAGCAGUCAUCAGGACCAUCUCCGAAAGGAUCCCUACGCCAAUCUCAUGCUGCAGCGAGAGAAGGAUUGGGUCUCUAAAAUCCAGAUGAUGCAGCUGCAGAGCACUGACCCCUACCUGGACGAUUUCUAUUACCAGAAUUACUUUGAAAAACUGGAGAAACUGUCAGCUGCUGAAGAAGUACAAGGCGAAGGUCCCAAAAAGGAGCGCACCAAGCUCAUUACCCCUCAGGUGGCCAAACUGGAGCACGCCUAUAAGCCAGUGCAGUUCGAGGGCUCUUUGGGAAAGCUUACUGUCUCCAGUGUGAAUAACCCCCGAAAAAUGAUUGAUGCCGUUGUAACAUCGCGGAGUGAGGAUGAUGAGACAAAAGAAAAACAGGUUCGGGACAAGAGACGAAAAACCCUUGUCAUAAUUGAGAAAACCUAUAGUUUACUCCUGGAUGUGGAGGAUUAUGAAAGGCGGUAUCUCCUAAGUCUAGAAGAAGAGCGACCUGCCCUGGCGGAUGAAAGAAAGCACAAAAUUUGUAGCAUGUAUGACAACUUAAGGGGGAAAUUGCCUGGACAAGACAGGCCAAGUGAUGACCACUUUGUACAGAUCAUGUGUAUCCGAAAAGGGAAGAGAAUGGUUGCCCGUAUUCUUCCUUUCCUCUCCACAGAGCAAGCAGCUGACAUUCUCAUGACAACAGCCAGGAAUCUCCCUUUCCUUAUCAAGAAGGACGCACAAGACGAGGUGCUGCCAUGCUUACUGAAUCCCUUCUCUCUGCUCCUGUAUCACCUUCCGUCAGUGACUGUCACCAGCCUUCUGCAACAGCUCAUGAACCUACCUCAGAGCGCAGCUGCACCAGCACCCUCCAACCCUCACCUCGCUGCUGUGCUCCAGAACAAGUUUGGCCUGUCACUGCUCCUCGUCGUCCUGAGCCGUGGGGAAGACCUGCAGAGUUCAGACCCUGCCACAGAAUCAACACAGAACAACCAGUGGACGGAGGUGAUGUUCAUGGCAACCCGGGAACUUCUGCGGAUUCCCCAAGCAGCCCUGGCCAAGCCCAUCUCUAUGCCCACAAACCUGGUGUCCCUGUUUUCUCGCUAUGUGGACCGACAGAAACUGAACUUGCUGGAGACAAAGCUGCAGCUCGUUCAGGGGAUCCGAUAAGAGGUCUCCACCUGCAGCCUGGACCUCCUUCUGGCUGCCACCUGCACUGCCGCCGUCAUGAUGGAGUGUUUUUAAUGAGGGAGGGAAGGUAGCUUGUUCCCCAAAGCGUCUCGUGGACGGAUUCCGGUCACAGGGGUGGUCUCCCCCUGCCAGGUGUUUCCCCACUGCUCUGUGACACUUGGCUGGGCGAUUCUCCUGCUGGUUCCUUCCUACCUUCUGUGUUACAAUUCUGCAUGUCCUGCUUUUCCUCUCAAUUCUUCUCAACUUUGCAUUUUCUUUGCCCUAGAGACACAAAUGUAAUCUCUCCCCUUACCCCACCCCACGAUGCCAGUUCAGAGUAGACCGUAGCCUGCCACAGGGUUCCUGCCCUCGUCCUAUUCAAGUCUUCUUUCAUUGCCCCAUAUCAAUACAACUAUAGGAGAACCAAUUAAGUAGAAACCAAUAUAUAUAUAUAUAUAUGCACACUCUCCACAUAACGUUCACGUGGUGUCCAGAGGACCCUUAAAGAACGAGUUUUAGAUUGAGAAAUACGUAGUUGACAGGUCCCUUCUCAAAAAACAAAUCAGCCAAUGUAUUUUUAAUCUGUUUCUAGUCCAUCUCGUAAUUAAUUUGGUGGGUUUUGCUUGUUUUAAUCUAAAUACAGGGUAUGCAGCACGUGAAUAAAAUCCGAACUCUUACUUGGCUGGCACCCAGCUCUAGGCUGAGAAGUCCUGUGUCUCCUCCCUGCCCUAUUCCCUUUGUAUCUGUGUGUCCCCUGUCAUCGUUGUGUCCCCCCCCCCACCCCCACCAAUGAAAUGGCACUGGGUUAGGCCCUUCUCCUGCAACCACCACUGUAUGCUGGAGCAUGUCCCUUCAGGAGUGCAGGGUUGCCCCAGAUGAACCAGACGUACAGCCUGCUUCCACAGCAUAGCGUUGGCGCACUUGCUCUGUCUUCCUGACACAACUUCAAUAAAGCCAUGCUUUUACUUC